AUGAUAUUAGCUGAAACGCUUCUGUUUUCUUUGACACUUAUCGACAGCGGUGGUAUAUUAUUCCUUUUAGUUUACUACAUAAUAACACUUUCUGACCUGGAGUGCGACUAUUUGAAUGCUCAAGAAUGUUGCGAUAAGCUCAAUUACUGGUUAUUGCCCAAAUACCUAGCCCAUACUUUCAUUACAUUCAUAUUGUUACUACAUGGCCAGUUGAUUUUAUUCAUUUUGAACUUGCCUUUGUUUAUAUGGCUAACUUUCGAAUACUUCACUGUUCCGCGUGGAAACUUGGGUGCCUAUGAUCCUGCAGAGAUCCUCAACCGAGGCCAGCUAAGAAAACACUUAAGAGAUAUAAUGAUCUAUGUUGGCUACUAUUUGAUAUUCUUUUUCAUUUAUCUUUAUUGCUUUAUAUUAGCGUUGCUCAAAGGCGAUCCCCUCCAGAGGUCUGCAGACGAUCAAAUUGUAACUGAAAUCUAA